AUGUGGAGAGCCGGUUCUAACUGCCUCCCAACUCUAUCUCAGCUUGCUUCUAAGCGUGUUCCUGUCAACACACGCUGUCCUUUGUGUGAGGAGAUGGACGAGACAAUUGCACACGUCCUACUUACCUGCAGAAUGGUUAAAAUGGUGUGGGAGAGAGUCGGCAUUAGCACUUCUGGUAUUGCAGCAAGAAGUGCGUUUUUGGACUGGUGUGUGAACGUUUUCACACAGUUGGCAGCCGAAAAACAAGGCCUGGCUGCUGCUCUUUGCUGGGCAGUUUGGGGAGCAAGGAAUGAUGUUGUAUGGCAAGGAAAACUGUUUAAUAUUUCAGCUAUAGUUGGCUCUGCUAAAAGCUAUCUUGAUCAAUGGAAACACGCUCAAAAAACUCAAAUUGAGUCAUUAUGGUCUAAUCUUCAAGACUAUGAUGGGAUGGAGCGUUGGGUUAAACCUCAGGAAAAUAGUAUCAAGAUCAAUGUGGAUGCAGCUAUUUUUGAAGGACAGAAUCGGUUUGGAAAUGCUUUGGUGGUGCGUGACCACAAUGGUCUGCUCAUCGAGGGCCGUACUAAGUUACAUAAUGGUAAUAUUGCCCCUACUAUUGCUGAAGCUUUGAGCUUCCGGGAAGCCUUAAGUUGGCUCAAAGAUCAAACAUACAACUCAGUUUGGGUUGAGACGGAUUGUUUAUUGGUGGUUCAAGCCCUGAGGAACUCGACUAUCCUGUCUUCUCAAUUUGGUUGUGUGAUUCAGGAGUGUAAAGCCAUGUUGGCUAAUCUCAAUAAUGUUUAUUUUUGUUUUGUUAAGCGGUCAGCUAAUAGAGUCGCUCAUGAGUUUGCUAGAGCGUCCCUAUUACAUCCUGAUUGUACCUUCAGUAUGGAAAACAUUCCAACUGAUUUGUUACCUGUUUUGGUGACUGAUUUCGAAGGUUAA